CUGAUUUGAACGGUUUGGAUUUAGUUACAUACAUGGCAUGUAAAAGGUGGAUGCAUGCAUGUGUAUGAUUGAUCAUAUUCGACAGAGUACCAAACAAGUCCUUUUAUAUAGUCUUCUCCAUGUAUGUUAGGAAGGGUGACUGCCAUGGAAAGAAGCAAAGGGAGGAAAGGGGGGGAAGAGAAAUGGAUACAGCACUACAGCAGCUCUCACAAGAUACUCCUUGUAGGAGAGGGAGAUUUCUCUUUCUCUGCUUGUCUUGCAAAGGCCUUUGGUUCAGCUAGUAACAUGGUGGCAACUUCAUAUGAUUCAAAAGAGAUGUUACCAAUCAAGCAUUGGAGUUCCAAGGACCACCUGGAGGAAUUGAAGGGUCUGGGAUGUAUGGUGUUGCAUGAUAUUGAUGUGCGUGUCAUGAACCAACAACCAAUCCUAAAAAAGAUGAAGUUCGACCGUAUUGUAUACAACUUUCCACACGCAGGCCAUGACCCUUUGCUCCACGAAUGGAAUGGGCAGCUGAUCAAGCGACACAAGAAACUCCUAUCUGGUUUCUUCCAGAGUGCAAGUGAGAUGCUGACCGACGGUGGAGAAGUGCACGUAUCACACCGGAACGAUGCGCCUUACAACCGUUGGAAAUUGGAGAAGCUGGCCAAAAGAGCGGGCCUUGUGUUGAAGGAAUGUGUGGAGUUUAGGAAGUCUGACUAUCCAGGCUACCAUAAUAAAAGAGGUGGUGGAAUUAAAAGCAACCAAAAAUUCCCUUUGAAUGAGAGCUUCACCUUCAAGUUCUCGUUAAGGGAUUGUUCAACCAUGCAACAAAGUAGGACAUCAACGAGUGGCUGUGAUGAUAUUAGCGAGGCCUUGGCCUACUUAAAGCUAGAAUCCAUGUCCUACAAUGACUCGUGCAACAAAGAACGAAAAGCGACAGUCGAGACACUUGGUAAAAGAAACACCCCCUUGGAAGGCGACAUUGAUCAACUGAAGCAGAAGAUUGACGGACCGGAUUCUCCCGUGACAAAGUACAUGAUUGAACGUGUAACUGACCUAACAAUGGUUCCUAAACAAAUUGUCAACAUACCUCACACUGUGAUCAAUGGACCGAAAUCGAUUAUCCAAGAGCCACAACUCAAGCCUCUCAAUGACCUGAUUGAACGCAAAACUGACCUAGAAAUGGUUCGCAAAAAAAUUGCCAACAUACCACACACUAUCCAUGGACUAAAAUCGAUUGUUGAAGACUGUGGAACGUUCCAAGGUGUACCAAGCUAUCCUCCUGCAAAAGAAAGUGAAGCCCAUCUAUCUUCUAAAAAGAUGAGUGAGGAAGAAGGGAAAAGCUUAGGAGUUGGCGGCAAUCCUCAGCACCACCACCAACACUACAGAACGUUUGAAGGCGGUCCUCAACCAGCAAUUGGAAUCCCUCAGCCGAUUCCUUGGCCUGGAGAUGUCGCAUCCGCUCCUCCUCACUAUCAUCAUGACAACAGAUAUCAAGCUGUUCCAGGUUAUGCAACAGUUGCUGGAGGAAGGCCUGUAAGAGAGAGCCGCCUUCCCUGCUGUGGUAUUGGUCUCGGCUGGUUUCUAUUCAUCAUUGGUUUCUUUCUUGUGGCUAUACCGUGGGGGUUUCACGCAUGCAAAGUCGCUGCUGUUCUUUUUACCGUCGCGAUAAUUCUUAGGGCGAUGAGGGAGGGUCACGACUGGUGAUUAGAAGAAGCAGGUCACAGAGAUUGCUGAAAGUAAUGUAAAUACAAUCUUUGGAUUCUGAAAAUUAUUGGGGUAUUUUAGUUAAA